GCUCUGCCGCCAUGGCGGAGCCGGCCGGGCCGUUCCACCUGCUGCGGGCCGGGCCGGGCCGGUUCCUCUGCUACUGCCGGCCCGGGCCCGGCCCCGGCGGCACCGUCUACGCUGCCCGCCGGGGGAGCACGGCACGAAGCUCAGGGACGCCUUGGGCCGGGGAACCGCCGCGCUGAGCCUGGGCGAGGGGCCGGCCGUGCUGCAGCUGCGGGGCGAGAGCCAGUGCUCGGAGCUGCGUCUCUUCAAGCUGCCCAUCGCCGAGGCGAGGAGCCAGCUCCAGGCGCUGCUGUUCGGCAUGGCGGGGCACGUCCAGAGCCUGGAGCGACGCCUGGAAGCAGUGGUGGAGACAGCGGUAUCUUCCUGCAGCCCUGAGAAGAGCGCUGCCCGCAGCCAGCAGCUCUUCCUACCAGGGCACUCUGAGUCCCCUCAGCUGUGGCUGCUGUCAGCCACCCCACUGUCCUGGUGCCAUUCCUGGCACAGAAGGGGCCGGGGCUCAGCAUGGUGCCUCUUGGAGUGUCCAGGAUGCCCUGUGUGCAGGUCAGAUGCCGGGUAUCACCAGGCAGGUUGCUCACUAAGCCUCCAGGAUGGGGUCAGGCUUUGCUGCUCUUCCAGACUGGAGGCUGUGGCAGGUCCAUGGCUCCCCGCUCCUUUGGGAGAGGAGACCAGGCUUGGCCCUUCCUUACCCGCCACGGACGCUGGGCCGGGCUGGUGGGCUGCUGGGUGCUCCCCCUGGGUGCGCAGGGGCGUGCAGGGCUGCCCGGGCCACUAGCUGACCUUUUGCAAUCCCUGUCCUGACUGAGGCAGACCCCAGCCCAAGGAAGAACAGGGGUGCUGUCUCGGCUUUGCCGGCCAAGAGGAAGAUCCCGGGGGAGUCUCUAAUUAACCCUGGUUUCAAAAGCAAGAAGGCUCCGUCUGGAGUGGACUUCGAGGACUCCUGAUCUGUCCUGUCCCAUCUCCUGAUGACAGCCCUGAUGAAGCCUUGUCAAACACCUGUGUGGCUGGUGGAAGAGGAUUCACUGCCCCCUGGGCCUGCUGAGCCCCUUGUGCCCAGGACGGGGAAGCAGCACCUGGAGGGCUGGAGCCAGCGCCGGGCAGGCCUGAGCGGGCAGCAGAUCCCGGCCGGUGCGCUGGCGGGGCCUGGGGGGGACGGGGCGGGCAGGGCUGGCAGGAGCGGUGGCUUUGGCCUUGCAGCUCUUCCCUGCUGGCGGGGGCCACCUCUCUACCUCACUUGGCAUGAAUUGGUGGGGUUUUUAAAGAACUUUUAUACCAUUAUGUAACAAAAAGAUUGCCUGUGCUUAACUUAUUGCCAGUAAAGCUGUUUUUAGCUAGACGGUCUCUGGGGAUGGGGACAGUACAGAUCUGUCUAUCCA